CAUCAAGCUUUAGUGAAUUAUCGAGACUGUUUAACUGAGCCGUUGACUCACCAAAACUCACGGUAACAUUUUUACACUAAGAUAUGUUAGUCUCGACACACUUAUAAUAUAGUCACACAAGAAAAAGUCAAUAGAGGAAUCAGUAGUAACGGUCCUAACGGCUCAUUUUCACAACGAUAACUGAAAUACUCGCUUAUUUGAAGAUGUGUAACUAAACUAAAGACGACAAACGACCAUGAACUGAUUAAAUACUUAAAACACCAAAGUUUAUAUCGAAAAAACCCAUAAAUUUGUACUUUAAUAGCGAUACUUUGUCGCCAUCUGCUGCUUCUGUGCGUACAUUGCGUAACACGGUUUGUCUCGUACAAAGAAGCUGCAUGCUGAUUGGUUCGUCCCCCUUUCCAUGAUGCCUUCCUUGCUAUCGGAAAUAUGAAUGGUACAACUUGAACGCGCCAUAACAGAGGCAUAAAAUCCAAAUUCUAGAUAGUGUGGUUGAGGUUUCCCGAUAUAUAUGUGGUAUGUGAUAUUUGGUGGUUGUAAAACAGUCAUUUAAUUUGAGGUUGUUUUUUGUUCGUGUAUGUUUGUUUGUUUGUUUUUUUGUCUUUGUCUUUGCAAUUGUAUAUCAGACACUUACAAAUUGAUCGGCACGAUUUUACACAGGCUUGCCAAUACAAUAAUUUAACAUAUAUUUAUUUAAUUGUGGAAUUUAAUCAGAAACCGUAGAAAUAGUAUUUAAUUCGAUGCGUAUAGAUGAGAAUUCACAGGUGUGUUCACAGUUUCCAACCGUCGAGUUUGAGUUUAUUCUAGCACAUGAACGCAGCAUCGGUAUUGAUUAUUGCACUUCCCAUCAAGCAUCUCCACACGACACAGGGGCUCAGCGGCGUCAGUAACAGUGUUUGAAUGUCGGUGAGUGAGUGAGAAGCGGCAGCAGCAGUCAACAUGACCAUCAGAAACACUCUUCGUGAUCACGGACAGAGGUAUCGACCUCGAAUGGCUUGUCUCAAAAAGGUAGGCUUUCCUUUUCCAUCAGAGAUGCUGGUCACAGCCGUGCACAGGUUUGUGGACAAUACCUGCAGACGCACCUACUGAUAGGUCAGUUAUAUGGGGUUUCCAAGCUAAAUGGUUUGGAUGUUUGCUAUCUCACGAAUCUAACUUCCAAUGGCAUUUUAAUAGACACUGCAUUUCAUUCAAUCCUGGUUUAUUUAUGUUUCAAUAAUUAAUUUGGUUAGAUAUUUGCAAAAAAUAACAAACUGUGCAGGUAAUAUUAGGACCAAACAACAGUUUCAUGCAAACCUCUUGAAAAUGCAACAUGCAUUCAGAUCUGUGAAUUACCAAACAAGCUCACAUUUACAAAUAAAUGCAAAGUAAGUCACCGACACACCUGUAAUCAGUUGUCAUAUUGAUUUUAUUGCAGGCUGUCAAACUAAAAGUUAGAUUCUGUUUUGCUGCAACCUUUCUACGGUGAUAAUAAGGUCGUUCUGUUUAAUAAGCAUUAAGCCUGGAUCAGUAUCAGUGUGUCCAACCAUACCAACCAGUCGCUGCAGCCAAGUUAAUCCAGACACUGUGUAUUGCAAACAACAGAACAGGACCUGAUUAGUCAUCUAAUUUAGAUUUAAUCACUGAGAGGUAACUAAGAAACAUUACACAGGAAGUAACUGAGACAAUAGCCCCAUUAUUUAUAAAAAUCACAGAAUCUGUUCUCAGAUAUAGAUGCUUAAAGUCCCACUUUCCAAGGGAAUUCUCUCAGAGAGUCAAUUUCCAGAAGAACUCCAUGUUAUGGUCCAUGAAAGCCCACUUUGGUCCGUCUCAGCCUGGAGCUUAUGGCCUCUCCAGGUUGACUUCAAAGCACAAAGCCACUUCAAACAGGCCCGGGAGUCAUCUGCGCACACAGGUCGCCAUUCCCCUCACACACACACACACACACACAAACUGAAUUAAUGCCCUUUCUUGCUUCCCAGAGCACACCUGAGCAGAGCACUGGAUCUGCUGUGGGGGCUGUGGGAUUAGAUGGUAUGAUAACUAAAAAAAAACAGUUUACAGGGCUGUGACUCACCACACACCACCCACACGAGCUGAACAAAAGCUGAGAGAUCAGGGCAUAACACAAACGAUUCAUGUAACCUGUUACCUUUCACAAACGCGGUAUUCAAGCUGGAUUUAAUGUAGUUCUGACCUGUGAAAGCUGAACUCUUAAUGUCUAACAUUAUCAAAUGGGAGAUAUUAAUUACAAGGUUUGAUAGGGAGCCUUAAUUAUCCACACUUUGUCUCAUACUGUCAGCUCUUAGGGAAGUUAUUAAUUAUUCUUCGCCAUUUUUCUCUGUCAUCGUGCUCAGAGCUAAAACGCUAACAAUGAUGUACAUGAGAAUCUUAGUUAAAAGCAGAUUGAAGGUUUAUGUUAUCAAUUAAAUUCUUCCAGAUUUUUCAACAAACUAUCAAAAAUGUAAAAGAAAGUGUGGUCAUAAUUCAAGUUGAAGGUAUAUUUGCUGACCCUUUAGCUUAGACCAGAGCAUGUCCUGUGUCAGCACAGCCAUAAACAACAUUAAAAGCUAGUUUUAAAUGUCCUAAUUUUAGACGCUACAAAUAGAAAACACAGCCAAUUUAUUAAAUGAAAUUAUGUUAUGUUAGCUUGAAACUAAUACCUGGUUGACUUAAAAACUAGCUUACAUGCAAGCGAGUCUUCCUGUUUGCGAUUUUUUUUUCUGUAGGUUGGUAGGGGAAGGUCCCGCCCUCCUUCGCCUCUGAUUGGCUAGAUGUGCUGGGCUCUGAUUGGUUAUUCCUGAUGGCUAUGAAACGUCAUCAGUAAGGGUUAGGGUUAGGAGAUUCAGAAGUACGAUAAUGUUCUGUUGCUGUACAGAGCCGACAGCCUGCAUUUUGGUUGAGCAUGUGAUGACGUUUCCAGCUUUUCUUUGCUUAGCUGGUGCCUAAACAUAGCUAACUUUACAAAAUGAUAGUUUGGAGCAAAGAACUUGCAAGAGUUUAGCUUGUGAAAUGUUAGCAUAUUAUGUUUCCAAGCUAGCAAUUACUGGAGAGUUUGUAUUAGUUUUUAAUCAUAAUUUGUAAUGGAAAUAUAGGUUAAAUUGCACAAUUUGAUGUGUCAGAGUUUGCUCAGCUAAGCUAAUUAGCCUUAAAUUCUUUGCAAACACAAUGCUAACUUAAAAACAACUAGCCAUUGAACCUGCUAGCUAACUGUAAGUGUAAGCUACAAUAUACCAGAAUUGGCUGUGCUGGUGCUACCUGUCAACUUUAAAGGUAACAAAGUGAAAACUCUUAGCUAACGGAAGAACUAACUAGCUACUUGUUAGCUAAUAUAAUGUUAGCUUUUGUAAUGUUGUCAAGUAGCAAAGGAAAAAAAAAAAACAAGCUUACACUUACUUUUCAGAGUGAUGUUAGCUUCCAAAUUUGUUGUUGUCCAAAAACAACUAAGCACGAUAUUGGCUUCAAUUUCUAAAUCGCAAAACAAAAUGUUAGCUUUGAAUAAAUUGCUAGCUAAUAGAGACUACUCGGUUAUGUAACUACAGUUAUGCUAGCUCAGAUAGUGUGAUUAGUCACUGAUUUUUUUACUUGAAGUUAAAAUGAGUGUGAUUGUCAAGUUGCCUUAUUGUAAUGCUAAAUUGCACUGUAAAAGUUAACAAUCUGUUAGAUCGCUUUGUUAGUUGUCUACAACCUUUAAAGGUGGGGUAGGCAGGAUCUGAGGAAGCGCCAGUUUUUGGGAGAAAUCUUGAAUGUAAACUCUACCCCAGCCGUGGCCAGAGGAGGAUUCAGACAAUUUUCUGUACUUUCUGGUUGGUUUCUACGGUCUGAUAUUGUAGCACGCUAACUUUGUCUGGGCUUGUGAACGUUAUUCGAGGACGAGGACAUGGACGAAGGACGAAGGACAACCAAUCAGGAUGGGGGAGGCGGAGAAUGGCUUGGUUUACAGUCAGAAAGAGCGGGCCGCUCAAAAAAUUUAAAAAUGUUGACUACAUGGGCAUAAGAGAACGCAGCGAUAUCGUUAUUUUACCGAAUUUCAUCAAUAACUAAAAGCUAUUGGCUGAUAUUAAAAGCUUUUUUUCUAAAUACAUUGCAAAAAAAAAAAGAUGCUUCUUUAAGGGAAUCCUGCUUACCCCACCUUUAACCUUUUUUUUUUUUCUCAACCUCAAACUCUUUUUUGAUAAGUAAUCAUGAUAGUAAUCUGUCAGCAUUGCCCCUGAUAAAUCCUUACUAAGAAACCUGUAGUCAAAGCAAUCUCUUGGUAUCGCCAUGAACCAUUUCUUCUCUAGGCGGAGAAGGUGGUGCUGGAGAUGCAGGACCCCAAAACAGGAGUGAAGUCACAGCCACAGAGACUUGUUAUCACAACGAUACCACACGCUAUCACUGGUAAUCACACACACACACACACAUAUAGAGUGGUACACACUUGAUGUAAUUCAGUCAGUUGUUGAGUGAUUGUACCCGCAUAGUCUCGGUGGAAGAUACCCGAGCUCUGGUAUCCUCGAACUCAAGAGCUACAGAUUAAAUCUCCAUGACAACACCCGCCGUCUUGAAAUCACAGAGAGAGAAAAGUAGGAGGUGAGGGAGGAAGAGGAGGGAGAGGAGGAAGAUUGAGGGGGUGAGGAGAGGAAAAGAGCAAGAAACAGAAGCAUGAACAGAAGGAAAAACAAGACCGAGAAAAGUGAGUGAGAAAGGAGGGGGAGGAGGAGGAGGAGGAGGAGAGGAAACCCAGACUGUUUCGUCAUUUCUGAGCUCUGAAUCCAGGCAGGUUAAAACAGCUGAAUGAAUCAGACUGAGCAAACAUGCAUGCUGCUUCUUCUCUUCCCUCUCCUUCCUCUCCUUUCCUCUCUCCUAACAUGAGCUGUAUAUCCUGUCGGCUGUUAAAGCUGACUUUGUGUUAGAGGAUGUACACACCUGCCUAUUUACGCACCCACACACACACUUGCUCUCUUUUCUCCAGUAAGUGGCGAUGCAUGUUUUGUCAGCUCUGCCUCAUCAUCUCUAUCUUUUCUCCUCAGGUGAAGACAUAAUUGCUUGGUUAGCCAAUAGAUUUCAAAUAGACGCUCAAGGUGAGAAAUGAGUCAGCUAAUGUUGUUCAUAAGGCAUGAAAAAUACGUCAGCUAAAAGGCUUUAAAAAUCUUUUUUUUUGUCCUUUUUGAUGUAAUUAAUGGAUAUAAACUUUCCUUUUAAAGUGAUUAUCAGUAAUACUGUCUCUCAGGCUUGUUAAAUCUCUGUUUGUUAUUUAGAGGCGAGGAAUUUUGGCUCCAUGCUGGCGGCGUUAGGAUACAUCUACCCCAUUCAAGACCACAAACGCUUAGUGAUAAAACCAGAUGCCUCCCUCUAUCGCUUCCAGGUAAACACAUUUUAAAACCUCAGCCAAAACAACAGACACUAGAAGCUGUUUUGGAAAGUACUAACCAUGCUGCACAGAAGAAAAGAUAUUUUGGGGCUGACUUUAAAGAGGCUUAAUUUUUUCCUCCGCUCGUCGAGCUUUAGAGCCGAGUUAUUAAUGAGUGGGCUUUGUGUUUGUUUUUAUUACCCAAAAAUGGACUUGAGGAGGAUAGUCUGGGUAUCAAAAUAUUAUAAAAUUAAGCUUUUCAAUUUCAAUGAGGCAGGAAAAGUUAUUCAGUGAGUAAGAUAGAUCAAAAGGAAAAAAUAAGAUUUUUAAAAAUUUUAGGCAAACUCUUGUUUUUGUUAUUAAAGCUACAAUGAGGAAUUUUCAGCCUGUGUUGACUUUGGCGCCCCUUGUGGUUAAAAAGGAUGCACUGUACCUCAUUUUCAAUUAUGUCCCAUAUACCAAUGUUAGAAGUGCUUUCUGACAAAUACCCCAGCUUGUUUCUUUGACUGUUAAAUGUCUCUUAAUUGUCGGCAUUUGCAGCAGAAGAAGUAAAAUAGGUUUGUGUCUUUGCCUGUGUUUGCAGUUACAUGUUUUUUUAUGCCGGAAUAUCCCUUUAAUGGUGAUGUUUCUUUAUCUGCUACAAAAGCAAAUAAGAUUUUUAAUUAAGUUAUUUUUUCAAACAUGUAACCACAAACACAGGCAAAGAAACAAACCUAUUUUACUUCACAUUUCACAUUUUUUAAACAUUUUCAGUCCUCUUAAAAGUAAGUUAAGUUUCUUUGUUAAAAUCAAAGAAUUAUAUUAAACAUGUCAUUGAACUGGAUGCAGUUAGAUUUUAAUAUGAGAGCAGAAUUAGUAUCUGCAGAAACUGAAGUUAACAUGCAGUAAUUGUGUUCCUCAGUCUAUCAGAGCUUGAUCUUGAUAAAAAUGCUAAUUAGCCCGUAAUGCUCUGUAAUUAUAUUGACUUACUUAAUGAAGCCUGCCAAUUAGUAACCAUGGAGCUCCUUUAACACACUUGACAAACAAAGACUUGUCCCUUUGAAAUUUUCAAGGCUGUCCCUCUUGAAUUGAGCCCACAUUAGCUAUAAACGGAUAAUUGAAGCUACAGUUAGCAUAUUUUUUUAUUAUUGAUUAAUCUGUUUGUCGUUUUUGACUAAUAGGUUGAAUUUACAUCCCAUUUGUUUUUUCCAGACUCCGUAUUUCUGGCCCACACAGCAGUGGCCUGUUGAAGAUACUGACUAUGGUGAGCAGACAGAGUUGCUUAAAUUUUCUAGACGCUCCUGUCCGUCAGUUAACCCUCAUUUUUGUCUCGUAUUAAAGCGAUCUACCUGGCCAAAAGAAACAUCCGUAAGAAAGGACUCCUGGAGCUGCAUGAGCAGGUGAGAACAACUCUGACACACCUGUGAUCAAGACGCUUAGAGUGCUGGCAUUUCCUCAGCUGUUAUUUCAUGUCCCCAGGAGCAGUAUAAUCGUCUUCACAAGUGGAUGAAUCACAAAUGGGAUUUCAUCGUGAUGCAAGCAAAAGAACAGUACAGGUGGGUGUGAAAUAAAACACAAAGUCGAAUCUAAGAUCCCGGAGGUGUUACGAUGCUGUUUGUGUGAUUUUUUAGAGCUGCAAAGGAGAGGAGGAAACCAGACCGUGUGGUGUUUGAGUGCCAGGAGAGAGCCUACUGGGUGGUUCAUAGACCUCCGGUGAGAAUACACACACAUAAACGCUCAAACAAACACACACAUAGAUCGUAAUCAGAGUUUAAGCACACACUCAAGAUGUAGCUUCAUGUAUUUAUAAGUGAACUGACAGCAGACUGAGAGGUCUGAAAAUAAAUUGCACUCCACCUCUUUACUUCCCAGGGUAUCUAAUUAUCUCCACCCAUGAUGCCUCAUUAGCCUCUCAUGUCCAGUCAGAAGAAAAGGGCACGGCUGAUUAAUAUUUCACACUGCGUAGGAGAAAGUAGCGCUGUGAUUUUCACGUUACGCUCAGGGGAUUGAGAGUCUUAAAUUCUCACUCUGUGUCCUGAGGAAUUACUGCUCCCAAGACAUCCAGAAUCCCUGAGGGGUCGGGGUUCACCGUGUGUCUUUUGGUUUGUAUGAAUUUUAAUCCCUUUAAGUAGGAAAGGGAAUUAAUCCACUGAUACAUUAAUAAAGGGUAAGGUCUCUCCUGUCUCAUUACAUGAACACAACACUGCUCGGUUAUACAGCAUUUCAUCGUUAUUGCACUAAAGCAUAGACUGCAAAGGAAUGUAUGGCAGCCCAGAAGUGCAAAAAAUUAAAAAUUAAAAACAAAAUAAAGCACAGACUGCAAAUGAAUGUAUGGUGGCCCAAAAAUGCAAAAAUAAAUAAAUGAUAAUAAUAAUAAAAACACCAAAAGCACAGACUGCAAAGGAAUGUAUGGUGGCCCAAAAGUGCAAAAAUAAAAAUAAAUAAAUAAAAAACAAAUACACACUAAAGCAUAGACUGCAAAGGAAUGUAUGGUGGCCCAAAAGUGCAAAAAAUAAAAAAUUAAAAACACGAUAAAGCACACACUGCAAAGGAAUGUAUGGUGGCCCAGAAGUGAAAAAAAAAAAUUUAAAAACCCAAUAAGAUAUUGUAAAAGUAGGAAAAGGGAAUUAAUCCACUGAUACAUUAAUAAAGGGUAAGGUCUCUCCUGUCUCAUUACAUGAACACAACACUGCUCGGUUAUACAGCAUUUCAUCGUUAUUGCACUAAAGCAUAGACUGCAAAGGAAUGUAUGGCAGCCCAAAAGUGCAAAAAAUAAAAAGUAAAAAAAAAAAAUAAAGCACAGACUGCAAAUGAAUGUAUGGUGGCCCAAAAAUGCAAAAAUAAAUAAAUGAUAAUAAUAAUAAAAACACCAAAAGCACAGACUGCAAAGGAAUGUAUGGUGGCCCAAAAGUGCAAAAAUAAAAAUAAAUAAAUAAAAAACAAAUACACACUAAAGCAUAGACUGCAAAGGAAUGUAUGGUGGCCCAAAAGUGCAAAAAAUAAAAAAUAAAAACACGAUAAAGCACACACUGCAAAGGAAUGUAUGGUGGCCCAGAAGUGAAAAAAAAAAAAUUUAAAAACCCAAUAAGAUAUUGUAAAAAAGAUUACAAAUCACGACAAAAAAAUCAAGAAACUCAAUCAAUAAAAAAUUAUAAAUAACAACAAAUUCAAUAGUCAAAUAUAUAUUUAUGUAUAUUUUUAUGUUUUAUGCUUUGUCUCCUUGCCUUGUGAUUUGUUUUUGUGCCAUGCUGUUUUUCAUGAUUUGUUGCCAUGUUUUUGAUUUAUUCUUGAUUUGUUCUAGCUGUGUUGUUGUGUUUUAUGUACACAAAAAGGUAUGUAUGGUUAUAAAUGAUUGUGCAUUUUUAAAGACAGUGGGAAUCAAAGGCUCCACUGAAAAGAGAAUACUUCGCUGAAUUUGCGCCUUGAAUCAAAUGAAAACACUCUUUACACAUGACUCGUCAGCUUGUUGUCCAGAUGGUUCGGGAAAAGUGUGACACAUUAGCGGCCUACGAUUAGCAUUACAAAACAGCCAUCUGCUUUCAUCAGCAGUCCUUUGGUAAACACACAUUGUGAUAUUUGUUUUGUUUUUGUUGACAUGCUAUUCUAUGUGAAGCCAGGGACGGUGAGCGGUAUGGACUAUGGACUGGAUCGACGCAUAGAUCCUAAUGCAGAGGAGGUAACAGGUGAGUCUGUCUGACCUCUAUGGACAUAAACCCUGUCGAUCAGCUUAUAUAUAAGAGGGCUUAAUUCAUGCAUGUAGGUGCAGUAUAGGCUGCUUAUCUUCUCUUCUUUUCCUGUCUGCUGUGUCACAAUCUAACUCACCUUUACUAACAUUAAACCUUUCUUUUCUUGUCUCUGUUCUUCUUUUCUACAGGAAUUUCCUAUGACCUUCUUCUCUGUGCUUUUAAACUAGUCACAGACACCAACACACCCCCACAUUUUUACCUGACAUAUAACCUUUAGUUAAACGAAACAUCUUUACAAAUCUUUCCAAGCUUUACUGCACAUAUCAGGAAGUUGUAUUAAGCGUUUUGAACCUACAGAGGGCGCUGUUUACAUCUUACAGUUUUCAUAUGUUUACUGCAUUGCUUCACAACAUUGCUGCACUCAGACCUUGGUUAGGACUCUAUGCCUCCAAACAUCAGCUUACAAACAUGCUGUGCUCUGCAAAGAUGGUAAACACAAAGACAGGGUCUCCUUUGUCAACAUAAAUGUUUUUGAUUAUUGAUUUUGUUCUUCCUCAGGUUAAAACUCCUGACUUCUACGAGAAAGUAGUGAGUGAAUUUUCAUUCUUCACCUAUUUUCUGACUCUCCCCUCAUUUUUCCUCAUAUUUUGAAUCGUCUUUAUCCAUUAACAGUCUUUCAUUAAGAUGUUUUUAAAGCUGUCGCCUCUCCUCUGCUCUCUGUAGAUGAUUUUUACCCAGCAGUCCAUUAUGAGGCCCAGAGUGAAGUCAUCGGUGUCCCUUGGCGCGUAAGCUCCUCUAUAUUUCCUCUCUGCUUGAAUGAGCCUCAAAUCAUCAUGGCUUUAAAUCAUGUAAAAACACGCCAUGGUUUAAAGUCACGUGAUGGAAACACAACCUAAAUUAUGUAUCAAUAAUCCUGAAUAUGGGAAAACUUUUCAACUUUUGCCACAGUGUCAACAGGAAGAGCUAAAAUUUACCAAACUCUUGAUUUAAUAUGUGUGAUCAAGUUGCCCCUGGUGUUACCUUACCUUGAGCUUUAGAUAUGAAGUGCUUUUCCAGAUCAGAUUUUCUUCCUCUCUUCUUGCAGGUUAGUGAAGUACUGUGCCACCUACAACAGCCACGACCCGUUCCUCUCCAAGUGUCUACCCAGCAACCCCUGGCUCACCGACGAUGUCACCUACUGGACCCUGAACAUGCCCAAGUGAGUCGGCCGAGGAUGAGACGUGAUUUAUGUUUUAUUUAUUCAGAUUUGAUCGAGGUCGGGGUGUUGAAUUGAAUUUGACGCACUUUUUCCUUUGCGGUUAUCUGUGUGUGUCAGUGUGGAAACACCGACUAAGAAGCGCGUGGAGAGGUGGACGUUCAGUUUUGGGGAGCUGCUGUCAGACCAACGAGGGCGAAACGACUUCAGACUCUUUUUGAAGAAGGAAUUCAGCGGUAUGGUUGCACUUGAGGUUUUUGGGUAACACUUUACAAUAACCAUAACUUAUCAAUGGUAAAUAGAUAGUUUAUUAAUGUUUAAUCAUCAUUUAUAAUUAGCAUAUAGACCAUUAAUAAAUAGUAAAUGACCCUAACUUUACAAUAACCAUCUGAGUAAUGCUUAUAGAUAGUUUAUAAACCACUUAUUAACCAUUUACAAAGUGCUACUGACACACAUUUUAAUCUGUAUGUUUUACAACCAACAUUUAAACCCUAUUUAAACCUUUAAUAAUUAAAGAAAAUUAUUAAUAAUAAUUUCAUUGCAUGUUAAUGCUAAAGUAACUAUUAACUUACAUUAAUAAACUAUCUAUUUGCCAUUUAAAAUUGGUCUAUAUGCUGUUUUUAAAUGAGGAUUAAACAUUAAUUAACUAUCUAUUUACCAUUUAUAAAUUAUGGUAAUCGUAAAGUGUUACCGGUUUUUGUUUUAGAUGCAGCUAUAAAGGUUUAUUUGUUUUUAAUCAUUGUCGUUUUGAUUCUGGUCCAUCUCAGGUGAGAACUUGGCGUUCUGGGAAAGUUGUGAAGAUCUGAAGUGGGGCACUGCUGGGACUGUGAGAGAGAAAGCAGAGCAGAUCUACAAGUAAUGUCUGAAUCAGAGUGCAUUUCUGUGCCGAUUUGAAGAGUUUUCAAGUGUUCAUCACGCUUCAUGAAUCAUAUCUGGAACAUUUCAUUUCAAAACAGCACCUGAGCGGCCAAAAUAGACUCCACUAAUGAUCAAUUCCCUCUUCUGUUUCUGACUCCAGGACAUUCCUGGCUCGUGGUGCUCCUCGCUGGAUCAACAUCGAUGGGAAAACGAUGGAAAUCACAGUGAAAGGCCUGAAACACCCACACAGAUACGUGCUGGAUGCAGCCCAAACUCACAUCUACAUGCUCAUGAAGAAGGUCAGUAAACACUCUCACAGGUGGCCUCAGCCAGGAGAUGACAACCAUCAGAAACCUCUGAGUUUGUGUGUCUUCUACAGGACUCGUAUGGUCGCUACUUGAAGUCUCCAGUGUUUAAGGAGACAGUGAAGAGGGCGAUCUGUCCUGAGGAGCACAAGUUCAGGUAAUUCAGACAGUCAGACAAAACCGUCAAAUCACAUCAGAUAAGAAGGUUAAAGAUGCAUCUGAUUACUUUAAGUGACACUGGUUUGGAAGAAAAGAACGACUUUGUUUGUUUGACCUGCUCUUUCCUCCAUCAGUCAAGCCCAGCUGGAGCAGAAUGCGAGAAACAGACGGCCCAGCGUCAGCCCCAUCGUCCUCCGCCAGCAGGAGCUGGAGCAGAAGGCCAAGAUGGCCGCCAGUGUUGACAUCACACAGGUCAUGAGCAAACUCAGCAAGCAAAGCAAGGAGGCUCCUCCUCCUCCUCCUUCUCCUCGCCACCCUACGAGGAAAUAAACACGAUCCUCAGUUACUACUUAUCUUAUGUUAAUGUCCCUUUAGUUUGAAUCUAAAUCUGCUAAAGCAAAUAAUUAUUUUACUUCAACGUAGAGAGUUUAUUUAAUCAGCUAAAUGUAAAAACAAGUAACUGAUUUGCAGCUUUAAAGGGAUAUUCCGGCGUAAAAUUGAGUUAGGAUCAAACACACCGUAACACAGAGUUACCAACUUUAGUAAUGACCACACGAUAGCAAUACAGAGAGCCACAUGCUCAACCAAAACGCCACUCUAUAGCCACAAAUAAUGCUCAGAACAGCACCUAACUUCAUCAACAGGACAUAUAGGGUCCCAGCUAUAGUGAUAGCCACCAAGCAUCUUUUUAACUUUGCCUGAUUUCUUUAGUAAAGUGAUUAAACAUUGACUAUUGUCCAUCAAAUGCAGCAGAGUUUCGCAGCUCAAGGAAGAACAUUUAUGAUCAUUUAUUCAUAGAAAUGCAAUCAGACCGAGACGCUAAGGCAGAAGAACUACCACGUCUGCAGAGCAAAGUGAUUAAUAUGGUGAUUAUUACUUCAAGGAAAUGAUAAAGAAAUGAUCUUAAAUGUUCUUCCUUGAGCUGCGUCACCCCGCUGUAGUCGAUGGACUCGCCCAGAGGUCUCUUGCUACAAACAAGCGGCUGCUGGAAGAGAGUAAGUGAGUUGUGUUUAGUCUCUUUGCUAAAGAAAUCAGCCAAAGUUAAUAAGAUGUUUGGUGGCUAGUACUAUGUCUGUGACCCUAUAUGUCCUGUUGAUGAAGUUAGGUGCUGUUCUGAGCAUUAUUUGUGGCUAUAGAGAGGUGUUUUAGUUGAGCAUGUGGCUCUCUGUAUUACUAUCUGAUCCUAAAUUAAUUUUACGCCGGAAUAUCCCUUUAAGGAUGAUAAUACUACAGUGUUGUUUUCUGCUUCUCUCUGCUGGUAAAAAAUGUAACUUUUGAAGGCUUUACGCUGUAGAAACAACCAAAUACAUAAAUACACAAACCCAUAGUUAGUGAGAAAAUUAUGUAGAGACUGUUUCAUAGAGUUUUAGUUACUUUAAACUUUCUCUAGUUCCAUUUUCAUUCAUACAGCCUGUGUCUGUUUUCAUGUGUUUUUCCCUCCAUUUUCACUCAUGAAGCCUCUGUACCGUUCUGUAUGUUUCCUGUCUGUCUGUAUGUCGUCAGUCAUGAACUAAUAAAACACCAACAAAUCAAAUCACCUCAUCUUUAUCUGUUUGUCCUCACUUCUCCUUCAUUCUUAACGAUCAUAUAUUAAAGUCAUCACACUGUGGGUUACUCGUUUUGGACAGGGUCAGAAAAUUAUUAAUGGAGGAUAUACGCUCACAUGUUUUCGAUCAUUCUGUACUCUUAACCUAACUUGUGCCUGUUGACCUUUGACCUCACAGCUCUGCCGCUUUACCACCCCUGUCCCCCACCUCGCUGUCUACUCCGGCAUCACCGACUUCCCCUCCUCCAACGCCUCGCCCUCUCUUCCUUUUGUUACCAACACCCCAGUUUGUCCGUCCCCCAUCAGCCUAGCUUUGGACAGCACGUCCGUGUCUGAGCGGCGAGCAGAGCCCGGUGAAGUCGGGGGAGAGGGAAACUCUGGAACUCGCGCCCCGGCGACGGGUCAUGUGUCCAAGUCCCGCAUGGCUCUGUCCCUGCGGCGUCUGCUGAGGCGAGGCUGCACCCCUUCCAACAUGUUUGCCAGUCUGUCACCAAAAUGCCACUCGGCUGCAGGGACGAGUAGCAGGAUCCAGCCAAUUAGCCCAGACCAGCCGAGUCAGGCUCCGCCCAGACGCAUUGGCAAGUGAGUGUCAUGAAAUGUACACAUAAAAAGUCCUGCAUGCAAAGAAAAAUAACUUAUUCUUUGGGACUGAGGUUGAAAUUUUAAGCUUGUCUUGAAUAAUGUUCAAGUACCCAUGUGUGGAGUUUGGGGCCUUCUAGUGGCCAAGCUGUGCAUUACAACCAUCAAAUGUUCACAGGACUAAUAUGACUCUACAGGGGAGUAGUGUCUUAAAAAAAAGAUUAAAGUUAUGAUAGUCCGUGUUUUGGUUACAUACAUGUGUUGAACCAGUUAAUUCCAUUAUUUGAUUAACAUUUUACCACUCAGAUUUAACUAAACUUUACAAGAAAACCUCAGAUUAAGUAGAAAUGGAAAAGUGACGAGCUUCCAAAAUGAUCUUCGAAAACUUUGCUGGAGGCAGAUCUUCAUUAAUCUAUUGCUGCGUUACAGUUAUCUCGGUAGUCAGAUGUUGCAGCUGGGAAUGACGCUACACCCGAGUUGACAGUGUUCCAGUUAACAAGUCUGUAAACAAGAUGGACACCUACAGUUACCUGUUGUUAGCUGCUGUUAAAAAUUGUCAGCUGACGUUGGCCGUUGUCAGCGGUUGUUAGUUGUUGUUUGCUAUGCCAGUUGUAAACAACGCACAACACAGUUUUGCUAUAUGCUGCUAUGUGUUUACAAACACCAUAGCACCGUGUUCACAUUUAGACGUUGGGCAGCACAACAUAAACCACUUAUUUAAUUUCACAAAAACAAAAUAGAGUCGGGGUUGGCUAGGAUCUUCGACUUGGAAAUCUGACUUCAGGGGGGCAUUCCAGAUGAAUUUCCAACUCAGAGCUUGGAAAUCUUGACUUCCGAGUACAACAGGAACGCAGCAAUAACUUUCUCUGUAUUGGUGCCUCUUGGUACACAGAGGUGCCCUUUUUAUUCUUUGUCCCUGCCCCUCAAACAGUUUUAGUACGUCAUGGUCAUAAUCCAUUUUUUGGUAGUAGAUCCUCCUGAUUCUCACAUACUAGUUCUUUGAGCAGAAAAAAAUGGUUACCCAUGUUUCUCACAAGUCCCCCCUCCAACAGUUUUUUCCAGAUUAAAGUGGACAUUCCUCCGGAGUGUCGGAUCUACCCCAUAGAGUCUGAAGACGAGGACGAGGAGAGCAGAGCCGCCUCUCGGGGAGGAGGAGUGGGAGCCAAAGAGAUCAUCUGCCCCUGGGAAAGCCUCACCCCACAGAAUGGGACAGGCUAAUGGGCUAAACCAAGUACAUUCACACUCAUAUGCUAAGAUGGUGUUUCCAAAUCUGUCUGUCUGAGCCAGAAAAUUUGUCCCAUGCUCUGAUAGAGAUGAAAGAUCUCAUGUAGAGCAUGAUAGGAAGAGUGUGACAGUGUGUGCACAAAGCAGUCUACAACAUAAACAUCAAACACUGCAUGAUCUAACACUAAACAGUCCAGAGAUCUGAGGAUGUGGCUCUUGAGUGACAGCAGUCUCAACUUUAACUCCUGAAAAGGUUUUGUUUCAGCUGUGGCAUGAUCUUAAUUUUAAUAAUUUCUCCUUCAUUUCAAUAAUUUCUCCAAAAUUCUGUUUAUUUUUGGCCACCUUGCUGUUUCAAAGCCACGAAUGUGAAGUAAACCCACAGUAAGUAUUCUUUUUAUAAUGUAGACUUCCUCUCAGGUUGUUAGGACUCUAAAUUUUAGAACAUAGAGUAAUUAAAUAAAAUGAGAUUAUAAAGAGCAUUUAAGUCAUGACCUUUGUUGACACAUAGAAGUUUAAUUAAACCAUAUUUUCGCAUAUUUAAUUUGACAAAAGAUAUGUAAAAAAGUGUUUGAUACUCAAAAAAAGGUAUUUUGGUGGACUAUUCCUUUAAAUAUAGCCUUACUGACACAGACCCCUUACUUAUGUGAGCUCCAGCUGAGCCGGUUGUUUACAGUGGAUGUUGCUUUCAUCAGGCCCAGCUCCACUCACAGGACAUCAGGGUGUGCAGACCUCUAAAAAGCUUUCAUAGUUAAGCUGUAGCUUUCACAGUCAAACCUCACGAAAAAGAACAGUAGCCCAGCAGCAGCAGCCUUAUCCACCUCCACACACCUGAAAUAAUGUGUUUUAUUUUUUGCCUAAGAAGUUUUACAAAGCAGACAUGUGCACACAGACUGUUUCUGAAAAAUGAGCUACGAAAGUACCCAAAUGUUUAUGUCUACUCACCAUGUUUUUGAGCUGGCAGCACCUAUUUUCUGUAUAAAUCCCAUGCAGUUUGGUGUCCUCACUACUAAAAUGCCUUCAUGAUAUUUGAGAGCAGCACUUUAACUCUUAGCUUGUGAAUGUAUGCAAGAGUUAGAGUAUUAUGGCAAGGGGUUUUUAAACAGUAAUAAUAACUUACAGCUGCAGUAACACAGUUGAGGUGUAUAUGAUCAGGAACUGUUUGUAAAUGGUCAGUAUUAGCCUGUAGCAUAAUACCAGAGUAGGUCUUUGACUUUAACAGUGUUGGAUGACUGAAUAGGUACAAAUAAUUAGGUGAUGUGUUAAUUUCUGCCUUCUAAAUAUUAGUUUUAAUAUUUUAUUGGCUUUUUAUUUUUACAUACAUCUACAUAAUGAGUGUGGCAGUAAUUGUUAACUGGUCGAUGUAAAGUGUUGUCACUGUACUGUAUAGUGUAAAUGGCAGUUAAAGGGAUAUUCCGGCGUAUUUACGGUUAAACACUGUAACACUGAGUUAGACACCCCCUUGAGGGAUACAUGUUACCGACCGCUUGCUUGUCUAGCAACAACUUUAGUAAUGACAAUAGCAAUACACAGUGGUCUAGGGAGCCAUCAACAAACCUCAACCAAAACGCCACUCUAUAACCACAAACAAUGCUCAGAACAGCACCUAACUUCAUCAACAGUACACAGAGGGUCCCAGCCAUAGUACGAGCCACCAAACAUCUUUUUAACUUUGUCUGAUUUCUUUUGCAAAGAGACUGAACACAACUCACCUACUCUCUUCAAGCAGCCGCUUGUUUGUAGUGAGACCUCAGGCCAGUCCAUUACGGAUUACAGCGGGGUGUUGCAGCUCAAGGAAGAACAUUUAUGAUCAUUACUUUAUCACUUCUUUGAAUCACCAUAAUCACCAUAUUAAUCAUUUUGUGCUGCAGACGCGGUAGUUCUUCUGCAUUAGCGUCUCGGUCUGAUUGCUUCUUCUCGGUCUUAUGGCUUCUCAGACCGCUGUGUAUUGCUAUCCUGUGGUUGUUACCAAAGUCGGUAUAACCAGGGAAGCAUUUCUCGAGGGGGUGUCUAACUCGAUGUUACGUUGUGUUUGACCCCAAUUUUGUCGAAGUUAUGCGGUUAUGCCACUUUAUUUUUGUGCCUUUAUUUUGAAGAACGCCACUCUUAUUUUAAUACUUCCUGUUACCGCAGACGCUAGACUUCCCGCUCCUGACUCAGCUAAACAGCAUGUCUACGAUACUUCAGAGUUGGUACAGUAAGCAAACAAAGUAUUUACAUUGUCGUAUCCUGUGUUGAAACUUAUGAUGGGACUUUAGAGCAGAUUUAACGAUCGCUAACAGAUACCCGGAAGUGCCGCCAGAUAACUUUAGUAACCUAGCAACAGUAACUGAAAUAGCGGUCGUUGGCGCUGCCAGUUCAAAAACAUUUUAAAGCGACACGUAAAGUUUUAAAAAAUAAAUAAAAAGAAGUAUUUUUUUUGUCAGGAAGAUUAAAUAAAUCCACAAUGGUGAAGUAAUAAUUUAAAAUUAAUGUUUACAUCACUUCUAUACAUUAGCCAAAGGACGGUUAGUUACAGGCAAUUCAGACUAGCUAACUGUGCACAUGCCUGCUUAAAUAUUGAUAAUAAUGUAUUGAUAUCGGUUACAUUAUGAUCUGUUUACAUGAUGAUAAUAAAAGUGUUUUUGUGCUGCUACAUAGACUUAGAUGCCUCAUCCACAGUGUACUUACCUCUGACUCACUUUAUGUGAAAUAGACCGAUGUGCACUUUUCAUGAAAGAAGAGUGACUGUAAUAAGAGUCAGCUGAUAGUUUUGUAUUUGGCUUUACUGUUUUUUGUACACUUUGUGUAGCAGUUGUAAACUGUACACUACUUAAAAAGAUGUAUGUUUUCUUACAUGUUGCUAUAUUGGGGGUUAUGGGGGCAGUAAAAUGUGAAUUAACUGUCAGAAUGUAUUUACCUUUAUCAUGUUUACAGAAGCAAGAAUGUGAAAUACACCUUAAAAUUUAUUGUAUUUGAUUUGUACAUUCCAUGGCUUGUGUCAAGUGCCUCAAUAAAUGACUGUCUUAACAAAAAGUUUGCCUUAAAAGUCCCCAAAGUUGGCAAGUGAUUUUUGGAAAUGACACAUAGCAAUGUGAUAACGUUGCCUGCCUGGACUAGCUCACACUGAAGUAAACUGUUAUUGUUUCUUACUGUGAAAUAUGCAUCUUUAACCAGGUAUUCCCAGGUCAGCUGAAAGAGUUUCCUCAUUUCAGUGAUGACCCUCAGUGACCACUAGAUGGCGCCACAAUAGUGACAAUGGAAUUUAAGCUCCAAUAGCAGGUGGGAAAUUAUGAUUAGUUCACUGGGCCCUGAUCAAUGCAGAGGUAAACUACAUUUGUAAUACAUUAAACAGUUUUUACAAAUUUUCUUCCCAUAAAUGUCAAUGGAUUGAGUCAAUAUUUUUCUAAGCAGGAGGAUUAGUUUCUAUGUCUAAAACAGAAACAGAUAAUUAAGAAUUUUAUCACCAAUGUUGACUUAUUAUUUCAAUACUUCUACAACUAAAAAUGAUGUUCAAGGACCAGACAACACUGUGAAAAAAGCCUUUGUGCUCAUAGACAUGAUCAUUUCUGUCAUCACACAAAGACACACACACGAAUGAAACACACACAGAGGUGAGUGAACUCAGUCCGGAGCGUAGCUUUGAUCAGCGUGUGUGUUUUUAUGUCUCUGAACAGAAGCGAGCAAUCACUGCCUCACAACACCCACACAGGGACGUCCACACAAAGUCCAUUCAUACAUUAGCUUAGCAAGGAGGACAGAAUUUAUGCACCGCUCUUAACAUUCAUCUGAGGUGUGCAUAUAUUAAAAUACAUUUGUGCGUGAGCAUCUUUUGAUGAGGCCCUCUGUGUUUUUUGUUACACCUAAACAAUCACACCCUCGCUAUAGUUUUAAUAUUUUUGCCAGAAUCAGAGUUUUUCUGCCACGUUGCUUCUGUCUGAGGACACAUUUUUAGUCCUUAUCUGUUUGCUGCCUUCAACUCUUUGAUUUCUCACUUAUCUGUGGCUGGAAUUAUUGGACCGCAAGUUGCACAGAAGAAAAAGACAUAAAUCAGCAUUUUAAGCAGGAAAUUGCAGUCAGAACUUAAAAAUAUCACAUUCUUUGACCCAGAUUGCUGCUCAGACACUUACGGAGUAUCAAAACACUUUCAAAUCAGCCCAUUGUGAAGUGAAGGAGCAGUCAGACACACGUGUCACCCUCUCUGAAGAUGAAGAGUUUUUGAUGAGAUGUUGUGUAGAAAAAAUCCUAUCAGACGAGCAAACUUAUCUCUGAACAAACUGACCUGCUUAACUGAGUAAACACAAAAGCAUAACUGAUCUAUUUGAUACUAAACUCAACCAUUACUAACCCUCUUUGUAUGUACUACAUUAUACUGUGUAGAGUGGCAGUACAGUUAAGUAUAACAGAUAUAAAGUGAAUGUACUUUAUUCACCCAGAAUCAUUUCCAUUUAACUGUUUUUGGUGAGUCUUAGUUUUACUGUUAAUGGUAUCUUACAGAAAGGCUUGCAUCAGUGACAUCAACCCCUAAAGAAACGCGCUUACAUAUAAUUUCAUGUCUGCAAGAUUAACGCAGACACAUCUUGGGUUCAUCCAGAGUCAUAUCCAUUCUGGUGAGUCUCAGUUGAUAGUGAAAAUUAGUAACUACAGCAGAGACCAUAUGUUUAAAUUAGUUUCAAAGAUGCUCCUCCAGAAAUGUAAGCAAAAUUAACGCCAUGGUAACCUGGUCCACCCUGGGUAUUACCCAUUUAUCUGUUCCCAGUGAGUCUCAGUUUCACUCUAACCGGCAAAAACCUUAGCUCUGGCUUUCAUCAGGGAAACAAUCUCUUGAAGAAUCCCAUUUUCAUGUGAUUUCAAUUCUCCAAAAUAACCACAGUCAUAUUUCAGUCCAACUGGUGUAGCAAUCACUCAUCUGUUUCUAAUAAGUCUCAGUUUCAGGGUAAAAGUAACCCAUUUAUCUGUUCCCAGUGAGUCUCAGUUUCACUGUAACUGGCAAAAAUUUUAACUCUGGCUUUCAUUAGUGAAACAAUCUCUUGAAGAUUCCUAUUUUUAUGUUAUUUCAUACCUCCAAAAUAACCACAAUCAUAUCUCAGACCACCUGGUGUAGAAACUACAAAUCUGUUUCUAAUGAGUCUCAGUUUCAGGGUAAAAGUAACCCAUUUAUCUCUUCCCGGUGAGUCUAAGUUUCACUGUAACUGGCAAGAUUUUUAACUCUGGCUUUCAUCAGUGAAAUGUCCCUAAAAGAAACCUAUUUUUAUGUGAUUUUAUAUCUCCAUCUGGUGUAGCAAUCACUCACUGUUUCUAAUGAGUCUCAGUUUCAGGGUAAAAGUAAUUUUACAAAGGCUUGAUUCAUGGUAACAUCAGCGAUAUGAACCCUUCAAAUAACUAUUUAUACAUAGCUAUUCAAAAUAAUUAAUGAAUCAAGUUUAUUUAAGUAAGAGUAUAAGCUUUUUGUAUAAAUUGAGGUCGAUAUCAAGAGGAUCUACAGCGUGUUUGUUAAUUAGAGGAUAAAACCAAAUAAAUGUGACCUUUAAACAAUGUUAUCAUCUUCCCUGCUGCCCCUUAAUGUUCCUUUGUCGCUUUAACUUCAGCAUCUUCAUUUGUGCUGACUUGAAGGAGAAACUGGACAAGGGUGGAGACAAAAACAAAGCCAUGGACAUACAAUAUUAAACCAAACACACACGUGCUGAAAUACACACACACAGGCACACACAGUCUCUGCAGACAUAAACAUGUGUCUGCUGCUGUGUGACCUCGCCGCCACAUGAUGAAUGACCAAAUCAGAAGUGUAAUGAAACGCUGCGCAUUCGCCGGCUGCUGCUUCCCCAUGUAUGCACAAUAUGUGUGCGCGAGUGUGUGUUUUCCUGCGUGUGUAAGUGUGUGUCUAUGAGCGCGUCUGAACACCCAGGACCUCAAUCAGGAUCACAGGUGACCCGGUGUCCUGCUGAGCCUCCUAAAUUUGACAAGAGCAGAUAAUUACCAGUGACGCCUCACAUCAUGCGGUGAGAAAGCAAGAGACGACGAAGAGGAAGAGGAGGAUGAUCUUGGAGCUUCACCUUUGUUUUCUCCCACUAUGUCGACCUUUCGCCCCCCAAACACCAUCCUGACCGCUCUUUAUUCUUCUUCUCUUACUUUGUACCUGAUGGAGGUUGAUCAUCACCUGAAGCUGGGUCUCAGUAGUUCUUUCACUUCCCCCUCAGCUCUUAUUUUAUAUGACGUAUGCUGCGUUAUGUAACCGUGAAGGUCCCACAGGAGCCUCCAAGAGAGCAGAUGGAAAGUGGGCAGGUGAGGAACUCGGGGAUUUAGACUGAAUGCACCUUGUACUCAUGAUGGAUCACCGCUAUUAUUUGUGCAGCAGUCGCAUUUAUUUACUUAUUCUAGAACCUUUGGGCAGGGCGGCUGGAUAUGCACAGCAAGCCAAACUUACAGUGAAACUGAGACUCACCUGAAACAAAUAGAUGCACGCUACUUCAUCUGAUAAAAACGGAUCAAAACUUUCCCUACAUUUUUCUUCAAUAUGGUCGUUUUUGAAGCUGCUGAUUGGUAUGUAAACCACGCCGCGCACCGAAAAGGAAGUCUUGCUGGAAGUUGUUCAUUGCUAACUAAAUCAGAAUGUCUGAAAAGUUCACCGUCACCACCAGAGGCUACACUACUGUCAGGCAAUAGCUGCUGGGUUCUGAGAUUAAUGCAGCUGCUAAUUGUUCCUUGCAGGUUCCCCCAAAUAGCAACCCAUACCUGUCAGUGUGACAAAUGCAUUUAAUCCACAAUGAAUGCUCGAAGGCGCAUACGAAUGAUGGGGGGUUGUAACAUCCUAUCGCAGCAAUCGAAUAGAGAGAAAUCUUAUAUUGUGUUUUGAUGACAAGGAUGUAUGUAGAGAUAGAUGUCAGGUACAUUUGUAAGUGUUAUUCCAAACAGUACUAGAGCAGUUUCUUAGAUUUCAAAGAUGGCCUAAAAUUGUGAUGCACAGCGAUCAAUCUUGCCAUCACUAUAGGUCAAAACAUGGCGAGUAGAGAGUAGGAGAUGAUAUGCAGCAAAGAAUCAUGGCUUGGAAUCAAACCAGAAACUGCCAUAAGGACUACAACCUCUGUAGAUAGAGUGCAACUUAACUCCUAGACAACCUAGACUGUGCACUCUUUGUUUUCUUCAGUGUCCAAGUCUCCCCAGUACACCUCUGAAAACAGCAUUUUUCUUAGAUAAACCUGUUGUUAAAUCUCCAUCCACACCAAUCUUUUCAUGAGCUGCCAUUGUUUACAGGCUUACAGUCGUCACAGUUACCUUAAAAGCGACUCGGACAACGCUGAUUGGUCCGAUCAUUCUUCAGCAGCAACCUGAUAUGUAGUUGCAGUUUGAACAUAGUUUCUUCAACCUCGGUCUCAAUCAUAAACCUCCUGGAUCUGGACAUCAUUUACCAUUCAUCAAAGUCAGUUUGUUUUUGACGGUUAAUCCUCCCGAUUUUUCGUUCGUUCGUUCAUUCUUUUACUGUCCACAAGUGGAAAUUUGUCUUUAGUCUCAUCGUGUACAAAAAACAGAUCAACAGCAACAAGGACAGCAGCAACAGACACAUAACAAAUACACAUAAAACAUCUUGGCAGCAAAAGAGGGAGGACAACAGUGGCAUGUACUGUACAUAACAGGCAGAUCUGAUGAGACAUAGGCCUACUAUCAUUCAGUGCCCUGAUGGCGUUAUGACUGAAUGAGUUUUUGAAGAGGUUACGAUUUGCCUUAGUUGAUAACAUCUGCCUGACUUAAGUAUAACGAAUUCACUGUACAGAGGGUGAGAAGGAUCAUUUACUAUCUUAAAAGCUUUUUUCCUAAUCACUUCCAUAAGUCCCUUAAACUUGGAAUAUCACAUGUCCAACACCAAAAAUCGUAUCCCUCAACAGAAGUGUCUGUUUACAGAGAUGACAUGUAGCUUCACUAGACAGAGCUCAGGAUUUUCACUCGAAGCAGAAACAGAAAUGGAUUGACGCUUGUCACGGCAGGUGUGAUUCCCUCAAGGCAAACUUUUGACUCAUAAGUCAAUACACUGUCCGGAUGCUCAGCCCUCAAACUGGUCAUGUUGUGAGAAAAUAAGAAAGACAUGCAUUUUGGGGGAUUCUGACGGUUAUUUUACACCUGUACUCUCACAAAACCGAAGCCAAAGCAAAUCGCUGUCUCUUGGUUUUACAAAGUUGUACGUUAAAAUCUAAUUUACACGUCUUUCUUUAAAAUAAAAUGUUCUUUCACAUAAUGAGUAAAAGAAAAGACAGAAGAUAAUAACUAUCCAACCAAUAUAAAAUGUAUGAAUAUUUCAGGAGCAUAAAUUUUUCACAUAGUUAACUCAUUUCCUAAAAUGUUUCCUCUCAAAGCUAUCAUGGGUUUCCAUAUGAUCUUGUGUGUCUCUGUGUAUUCUCACAGGCAUUCUCAGGUACCAGACUCAAAAAACAGAUUGAAGAAUGUGAAUCUAAAAAAAAGCUAAUGAGGAACUGCAAAAAAACUGCAGUUCCUUGAGUGUCCACUUGAGGCAUGCUCUAAAGGCCCAACAAAUCAAUUGUCAACAGAUCUGGCAGUCAAUCAUCUUUUUAAAAUCAAAUUACUUAUGAAAACUGAAGGUCUCAGAUAAAUAAACAUGAAAGACAUGAAGGCAUGUUCGCCUCAUACCAUCUCUUAUAAUGGAGGAGGCGGGGUUUAGGACUGCAGCCAGUCAGAGAGGGGAGCCCUGAAUCUUUUGGCUUCACGGUCAGUGAACACCUACGGCGCACAUUUUAAUUUCAAUUCUAUACUCUCGACUUUUACCAGUAGGGCGUGAAACCAAUGAAACCUGUGACUGAGUAGAAAUGGGACCAAGACCGAGUCUCCAGAUUGAGUCCAUACAGCCAUGAGGAUUCUCCUGUGAGGUGCCUAAGCCACCGUGGAUAACUGGACCACAAACCUCCUACUUUGACUGACACUCAGGUUUCAGACUGUUAGCAGAAACCUCUUUCACUUCUAAUUUGGACUUCAGAUGUCUUAUUUUUUUGGAAAGUCUUGGACAUCCAAACCAAUAUUGCUUAUCUUAUAAACUUGAAAUGUGAGUGAGAAGUGAGGUAAUUUGAUAAAUUUAGGAUGUCAGGUGUAAAUAAAAUUUUACCAUCAAUGUCAGCUUUGCCCGAGGGUCAAGUAUUCAACGAACCAACCAGCGUCUCUCUCCAUCAGACGCCAAAAUAUGCACAAACAUGCACAUGUAUAGUACACGUAUGCACACACACACACACACACACACAAGCGCACACACAGAUUUAUGCACUCCCACGCAUACAAUCUUUGUCCCAUGAGGAAUGGUAUUAAUAUCUCGCUGGCUUUAAAAUGUCAGAGAGUCUCAAACAAUGCGCACAAAGACCCAAUUUAUUUAUGGAUCUGACACCUCUCAUGUCUUCCUGCUCUUUUUUUGUUGCAGCUAUUUUUUGCUUUCAAAGUGUGUCUUAAGAAGGACGAAGAGGAGGAGGAGGAGGGGGAGGAAGAGGAGGAGAGAUGGGGGAUAGAGAUGAACUUGACAGACUGACCGAGCGCUGGGAAAAGGUGUGUGUGCCGGCAGCUCAAGAGAUCAGCCUCCUAAGCCCCGAGGAGUUGGUUUUUUAACCCACAGUUGAGGUAAAAUGUCCCUCAGGAUUAUUCCUACGUUUCUGACACAUGGCCGUGAUCAAAGAGUUGCAUCAGGAGAUAAAAAUAUCACAAAUGUGGGCUAAUCACAAAUUUGCAUUCAGCCCUGAUGGCAGCUUUUCUAAUAUAAGCCGAUAGAGUUUAUUUACUUUUCCUUCAGUCCACUGCUUUUGUCUUUUCAUUUCCAAUCUCCGUCCUCCUCUCUUAGUAUUCACCUCCACAGCCACACACAGCAGUCCAAUCAUCUGAGCUGUUUACUCAUUGAGUGAUGAUUGCCUGUUUAAACAUCUGUCCACACUCAUGUAUACAGCGACACACACACACACACACACACACACACACACACACACACACACACACACACACACACAGCUGAAUGCCUGAUAAUAUCUCAAAAGCAUGACUGUCUACCUGGUUUGCUGUUGUACAAAAAUUAUACAACAGAUUUUUCUUGGUGAGUGUUUGAUUCCAAAAGGAAACUUUAAGUUUUCAUACAUGGAAAUCGUGUUUGUUUUUUGUUUAGAGACGCAAGGGAUGCAGUAAACAGUCACCAUGACAACAGUAAACGCUUGAAAACCAAGUCAAAAUCAUUACUUCAUGGAAAUUCAGUCAGACUGGGGAGCUAAGGCAGAAGAACUACCACAUCUGUGGUGCUAAAUUAUUGAUAUGAUGAUUAUUACUUCAAGGAAAUGAUAAAGAAAUGAUCAUAAAUGUUCUUCCAUGAGCUGCGUCACCCCACAGCAGUCCUUUAUGGACUGGCCUGAGGUCUCGCUACAUACAAACGGCUG